AUGGAGCUGCAGGCUAUUCACCAAGGCCCGAGUCGAGCCGGGACUAUGCCAAACGUGAACGCUAUAGAGUCAGAACCCAAAGCUCCAUCUGACAACCCUACGUUGUCUGUGGAGGACCUGGCCGCUCCACCCACCGCUGCUACCAUCCAGCCUACCUGGAAGCAUCCCAAGACGAAUAUAUGGCGCUUUAUCUCGUGUAAUUAUAGCUUUAUCAUUCUUGGUGCCAAUGAUGCCGCUUAUGGGCUUGAAUCGUACUAUAAUGUCUCCUACACAGUGGUUUCUCUUGUCUUUCUAUCGCCGAUCGUGGGCUACGUGACUUCAGCUUCAAUUAAUAAUAUGAUUCACAUGAAGCUUGGUCAGAGAGGCGUUGCCAUGUUGAGCCCUGGAGCACACCUGGCGGCCUAUAUCAUUAUCUGCGUGCACCCUCCCUUCCCAGUGCUUGUCAUUGCUUUUAUUCUGGCAGGGUUUGGCAACGGCCUGGCAGACGCCGCGUGGAAUGCCUGGGUGGGUGGAAUGGCAAAUGCAAAUGAGUUAUUGGGCAUUCUCCAUGCAUUCUAUGGUUUGGGUGCUACGCUAUCACCGACUGUUGCAACCAGUCUCAUCGCAAAGGCGCACUGGGAAUGGUUUCAAUUUUACUAUCUGAUCGUUGGUGCUGCGAUUUUAGAGCUGGUAUUCAUGACGGCAACAUUCUGGACAGCGACUGCAACAAAGUAUUGUGCUGAUAAUCCUCCUGCAGCAAUUCCGGAGUUUGAUAUUACUGCUCAUGCACCAGAAUCGACAAAGAAAUUAAGUGUGAUAUUAAACAGAAUUUUCGGUGGUAGUCGAACUGCGGAAGCACUCAAGAACAGAGUCACCUGGGUCUGCAGCAUCUUCAUCUCAAUUUAUGCAGGCGCAGAAGUCGGCCUUGGAGGCUGGAUCGUCACAUUCAUGAUCAACAUCCGCCAUGGAAGUGCCUUCGCGUCGGGUAUGAGUGCAACCGGAUUUUGGCUUGGACUUACCGUGGGACGCGUGAUCCUAGGAUUUGUAACUCCACGAGUCUUCAGGUCUGAGAAACAUGCCGUCAUCGUGUAUCUCUUGUGCACUAUCGCCCUCGAGUUACUCUUCUGGCUGGUCCCUCAGUUCUAUGUGUCGGCGGUGAUGGUCUCGUUCGUCGGCUUCUUUUUGGGACCUCUAUUCCCGAUCGCCAUUGUUGCUGCGACAAAGUUGCUGCCGAAGCACAUUCACGUAUCAGCUAUCGGGUUUGCAGCGGCUAUCGGGGCCUCAGGAUCCACUGCAUUCCCUUUCGCAGUGGGUGCCAUCGCCCAGGAGAAAGGUGUACAAAUUUUACAGCCGUUCAUACUCGGAAUUCUAGUUGCGUGCCUGGGAAUUUGGCUCUUUUUGCCGAGUCUAUCAAAAAAGAGGCAGUAA